ACCUUGCCCUGCCCGCGCGCUGGGUGAGGCCUGAGCGCCGUGGUCGCGGCGGCAGCCUGCUCCUGCUCGGAUGUUUGUCUCGGGGAGCGCGCCGGCGGCCCUGCUGGAGACGGGCCGGCCCCCACGGUCACAGCGGCCGGAUAAGGUCAUCAGCUUCAGGACCAUGCAGCGCUCCUCCCGGGACUCGGGCGCCCGCGGCAUCCCCGUCCCCGAGGACAGGAAGCUUUACGUCGUGGACUCCAUAAACGACCUGCACAGACUCAACUUCUGCCCCGCGGGGUCCCAGCACCUGCUCCCGCCGGAGGAGAAGACCCCCGAGGCUGGCUCUCGCUCCGGCCAUGGGCGCUCCCGCCUGCUCUUCCUGGGGCUGGUCCUGGCGCUGGUCGUCAGCCUGGUGCUGGUGGCCUUGGUGACCUUCCUCAUAAUUCAGACCGGAAGCAAGAUGGACAACGUGUCGAGAAGACUGGCAGCCGAGGGGAAGGACAUAGACGAGCUCAAGAAACUCAACAGCAUGAUCGUCAAGCGGCUCAACCAACUGGAGGCGGCACAGAACUAGAGAGACAUCUCCCCGGAGCAGCUGCCGACCCCGAGCUUCCACGCGGCGGGGCCUGUGCGGGGCCAGAAGCCGAGCCCCUGUUCCUGCAGGCAGCCCCCCAUCCGGGCAGAGAGCCCGUCCCGGGUUCAGCCCUGCCCUGGAUGGGAACCGCCGCGCGGCAAGGGUGUGGGACUAGCAGCCACAGGGACUCCUUUCACGCCCGGCCUUCCGCUGUAGAGGGUGAGGGGUGGCUGGCCUGAAGGACACCCAGCAGGAGGCCCGAGGACCGGCCCUGCGCCCAUUCUCUUACCAAAGUGCUUCCUCACCAGAGCGAGGUCACGGCCCCAGGGAGGUUCCGGGGCCUCCCACGCCUUUGUACGCUCCCCCGAUGAGUGACAGCAUUCCUGUCCCGGGAACCCGAUGAAGACAGAUCAUCCUUUCAAUAAAAGAGA